CUUUGAGCCAGUCGUCAGUUUCUACACACCGCAAGCUCGCAUUAGGCGCUGCCUGACAGAGGUGACAGUACAGCAACAUCAGCGACUGCCUUCCUCGGGGCAGCAGCAACAUUGGUGUCGCUUGCUUAGGCGCUACGAGCAAGGAGGAUCUUGAUGCUACAUCUCCACUGCCCACAAGACAAAUACCGAAGCAAGAGCACUUGAUCCGCCUUCUCCCAAAGCUCUCGAAACGACUUCUGUUGUCUGCCUUGCUUCAUCUUGUAACGGCAGAGCCUCAUCACGCCGUCUUUAGUUUCCUAGUACAUACACAAGGCGCUUUUAGAGCAUCAAUGCCUUCGACCUCUCUUCGUACAAGAUCACAAUCGCCUUGCAAGGAGAGGCGGCGGACUAUCACCAUCAGCUCGCUUGCUUUCUGGCUCAUACUGGGGACCAGUCUGCUGCCACUAGUCCACAGUGUCCCCAACUUCCUGCCCUCACCCGAAGAGCAGCUCGUCUUGCCUCGUGGCUGGGAGAGGGGUACACCGCCGGAGGACGCCCUCAGUGAGCUCACCCGCCGUCGGUACAGCCACAAGCACGACCAUCCAGGACCCUCACAGCUGCAUCAGUGCCUCAAGACAGCCGGUGCAGACUGGGACCUUACUUCGCCUUUCCUCAAUGGUACGGACAAUUACUGGGAAGCAGCCCAAUCGGACAAUCUCCGCUUUCACUACCACCCAGACGCAAUCGUCUACCCUCGCUCAGCGCACGACGUGGCUCGAGCCAUACACUGUGCAAGAGAAAAUGGCAAUGUACCCGUCACUGCGCGUAGUGGAGGGCAUUCCUUCAUUGGUCUGGGCACGGGAGGAGAGGAUGGUCAUCUAGUCGUCGAUCUCAAGUACUUCAACCAUGUCGAUGUAGCGCGAAAUGGGAAGACGGCCAAUAUCGGACCUGCGGCAAGGUUGGGCGAUGUCAUCCUCGGGCUUUGGGGAAACAGAGGAGAACUUAAAAAGGCCAUUCCGCACGGAACAUGUCCCGUUGUGGGCGUGGGGGGACACGCGCUCUGCGGAGGCUUCGGACCGACAUCGAGGAAGUGGGGCCUCACGACAGACGCCUUCGUCGAGGCAACCGUCGUUCUGGCUAAUUCGACGAUCAUCACUGUACAUCGCAAAGACAAGGAGAAUACUCCCAAGGGCCAGCUACUCAAGGCCCUACGUGGCACAGGAGCACAAUUUGGCAUCGUGACCAACUUCAAGUUCGAGACUCACGACGCCUCUGGCCGUUGGACAUUCCUCGAGUAUCGCUGGUCCCCUUCAAUCAAGUCUGGCGACGAUAUCGCUCGCAUCAUCGCAGCUGUGCAAGGCUUUGCAACGGAGCCCAAGAGCCAUCUUCCUCGUGAGCUAGGGUUUCACCUGCAGAUCUCCCGUGCGAGCCCUUCUGACCCUCCAGGUGGAACCGUAGCGGUACACCUACGCGGGGUGUACAUGGGCCGCAAGGCCUUCAUGAAGCACAGCAUCAUGUCUCACCUCUUCAUGCGACACAUCCCAAAGCACGGAGCUCCGCAACCCGACUCUCUGAGGGAAGAGGAGAUGAGUUAUCUGCAGAUCAUGGAGGAAUGGGACGACUUUGGCGUGCCGGGCAACAAGCUCAACACGCAGCUGGAGCGGACUAGGCGCAACAAUUUCCUCGCUCGGACACAGCUGACUGUCGGGCAAAGAGGAUUCUCGGACAAGACGCUGCGCAACAUCACUCACAUGCUCUUUGACGAGAACUUACGCCACAUCGGUCGAAGCUCGUCAGAGAGUGAUGGGCUGCAGCAGGCCAGGUGGAACUGGAAUGUGUACAUGGAGAUGUACGGCGGUCCUUCACCACGGCACGCAGCCGCCGAGCUGGCCCACGCCUCCUCUUUCCCCUUCCGUGAUGGUCUCUGGCUAAUCCAAUCUUCCGUGGGUACCUGGGGUCACCAGUCCCUAGGACCGCAAGCACAUCGCUGGCUCUCUCUUGCAGAAGACCACUUCCAGUCCGCCCUCGCAGCAGAUGGAAUCGAGCGACGCUCCUUCCCCUGCUAUGCUGAUGCGACGCUGCGCAAAGGUGAGCAGUGGAAACACCUCUACCACGGUGAAUCCAUCAUGCGCGAACUUGAAGUGACAAAGCGGGCAGUAGAUCCAUGGAACACCUUUCGUUCACCCAUGAGCAUAUGGGGAACCCAAAAUCGUCUACCUCUUGGAGAGAAGCACAGGCAGGAAGCUCUUCAAGCAGACAAGGACAAAAAAGCAAAGUUGGAAAAGGAAAAGUAUGCAAAGUUACAUCCUGCAAUGCAAAUGGGGAAACAUCACGGUGCAACAAUCAAGACGACGCAGACGCAUGUAAAGGGAGUCAAGAUUUUGCAUCCGCUGCCGCGCUCCUUGCCUUGGACGGGGAUGGGAGCUGUGAGACUCUUCAUUUGUCAGGUGAGAUGAGUAAUUCAUGGUUGC